AUGCUACCCAGGAAUGUGGCAGAACGACUCGAUCAAGGUGGUAUCCCCAAAUGGCGAAAAGAUAGCACCAUCUUGUUUGGGCAAAUAGAGGCAAAGGGUGAUUGUGGUCUUUUCAAAAGCGAUAAGAGCUCUAUCAAGGCAAAUGCAAAAAGAUGGGACCACUUCUUUUCCGAAGAGGCCCAAAGACGGAAACCAUCGAGCAUCAAAGCCGCAGGCCGAGCUGCAAGUGAACCAGGCAUGAUCUCUCUUGGUGCUGGCGCUCCCUCAGCCGCGUACUUUCCCUUCGAAGCUGUUCAUGUCAACAUUGCAAAUCCUCCUGGCUUUUCGGGUGCGCCAGAGGGAAGUGAAUCUAUACUCCACAUGGCAAAAUAUGAUUUUGAGCCAAACUCCAGUGAAUACAGCUUGGAUGUAGCUCUGAAUUACGGCCAGGGCAGUGGCGCUGCGCAGAUGCUGCGGUUUGUGACUGAGCACACCGAGCUUAUGCAUAGCCCUCCGUAUGCGGACUGGGGAUGCUGCAUGACAGUGGGCAGUACCUCGGCUUGGGACUCUACAUUGAGAAUGUUCUGCGAGAAAGGGGAUUACAUUAUCGUCGAGAAAUACACAUUCGCAAGUGCGUUGGAAACAGCGUGGUCCCUCGGUAUCAAUGCCCUUCCGGUGGGAAUGGACGCCCAAGGGCUCAUUCCCGACGCCCUUGAUAAAGAGCUUUCGUCCUGGGAGGAGUCAAAGCGUAAAGCACGGAAGCCCUUCCUACUUUAUAUGGUACCGACUGGACAAAAUCCAACUGGCGCCACUCAGUCCCUUGAGCGACGGAAAGCCAUUUACGCUGUCGCUCAAAAACAUGGUCUGUAUAUUGUCGAAGACGAGCCGUACUAUUAUUUGCAAUUGCCUGCAUUUAGGGCCAAGGAGCCUUCUGGUGAAACUCAGGGUUGUGGAUUGGUUCCAUCAUACCUCAGCCUCGAUGUCGAUGGUCGAGUUCUCCGCAUGGAUUCACUGUCCAAGGUCCUUGCGCCUGGGUCUCGCACAGGCUGGGUCACAGCCUCUCAGCAAGUCAUUGAGAAGUUUGUACGGCAGAAUGAGACAUCUUCGCAGCAUCCCAGCGGCUUCUCCCAGGUCAUCAUUUUCAAGCUCCUCAAUCAUCACUGGGGGCAUUUGGGAUUUUUUAAAUGGCUGGAGAACAUCCGAGCAGAAUACAUGUGGCGGAGAGACGCUUUCGUUCAGGCCUGCGUGAACUUUCUGCCAGAGGGGAUUGCACACUUUGUUCCCUCUGAGGCUGGGAUGUUCCAAUGGAUCGAGAUUGACUGGAAAUCCCAUCCGCUAUACAAGACUGGCGCUGGGCAUCAGAAGAUUCAGCAAACCAUCUUUGAUUCCGCCGUGCAGAAGAAAGUCUUCCUUGUUCCAGGAACUUGCUUCUGGUCGGCGAGCGAACUGCCAGAAGAUAGGAUGUUUUUUCGGGCGACCUAUGCAUCGGCGUCUCAAGAGGAUCUUGUAGAAGCGGCUCGGAGAUUUGGUGAUGCGUUGAAGGAUGAGUUCCAGUAA